AACCCGGGCACCACCAUACCCCCCUCCCCGCGUGUGUGGAUCUAUCCUCCAGAGCCCGGUGUCAGUGUAAAUGCGAGGCGGUGGUCGCUAGCGGAGGCGACAUGGGCGCGAUGGGGCUCCUGCUGGGGGGUUUGCACUGUGUGGGACUCUACAUCCAACUUAGUGUGUGUAUCAGUACUGCGACCGAGCUGCACAACCGCAUCUCCAACAACGCUUUCUUCACGGAGAUCCCUCAUGAUAUGACGGCGCAGACUGGUCAGGAUGUAGAGAUGGCCUGUUCGUUUCGGGGAUCGGGCUCCCCCUCCUACUCCUUGGAAAUCCAGUGGUGGUACAUCAGGGAUCACAGAGAGUGGAGCGACAAGGACACGUGGACCACCAACCAGGUGGCGCCUCAGGACGAGCUGUCGAAGGAUGCUACAAAGAUCAGUGUUGUGAAGGUGGCCGGCAGCAACAUCUCUCACAAACUGCGCCUGUCCAGCGUGAAGCCGUCCGACGAGGGAACGUACGAGUGCCACGUCAUCGACUUCAGCGACAGUCGGCCUCAACACCACCGCGUCCGCGCCUACCUGCAGGUGGAGCAGGACGGAGACGCCGCCGCCCCUCCUCACCAGCAGCCUCACAGACACCAAGCCGCCACUCACCACGGACACCACAAAACGGGCAGGGAGCUUCGGAAACGAGCCGCCGACGACAACACGGGCUGCACGGAGAGCUGCGCGCUCUAGGGUCUUCACCCGACGACCUGUACCGGUAUACGACGCGGUCCGGCGGUUUUUCCUCACAGAUACCUUCACACUAAUCGGUUUCUCGGUUCAGUUCCUCCACAGAUCCUAACAGAUCGUGUAUAUUAUUGUAUAAAGCAAACGUAAAUGUUUAUCAGAUCAGCCAGUGCAUGCUGCAAAGUGGUUCAUCCAUUUCUGUUAAAGAGUGAAGGACAGAUGGACAGACGGUGGACUGGUUUUGUUCAUUCUGAUCAUGAUUUUGAUUUUAAAUACAUUCCAUUACCGGCUAGUAAGGAAACUACAGUUUGUACAGAGGUGGUGAAAACAAAAGCUUAACAUUAAAACAUGCAAAAUGCAGAUUUUGUAACCACCACUUUUUAUUUGUAAAUAAAUCAGUUCAUUUUCAGUACCUGCUUCAGUUAAGCUGUAACAUCCUACCUGCCCUGCAGUCCAGCGGAAUCCGGUUGUUCCUGAUUUUGGAUCCAAACGGCACAAGGAAAACAUCUGAGUGACUUUGAAAGAGGGUGAAAAGGUCGAGGACCUUUUUUUUUUUCAAAUUUAUCAAAUGUACACCAAGAGAACCCCUACACAUCUAAAGGCUCUGUAAUAUUGUUGAUAAGAUUUUGCUGUCCUGGUUUGGCUCUGCUUGUCCCUAUAGGGUGAAAUGUCCAAAAUAAUCACCGCUGUUGAGACCUGGGUUUAAGGAAUCUUUACAGACCCACUUACCCUCAUUUGGGCUUCGUUUAUCACUUCAUUGCUGCAGCAACAGUGACCACUACUGUCUGUUUGAGGCUCUCGAACAAGAAGCAAAUGAAUACUUAGAUAUAGCCUGUUUCUCUGUAUGUGCUAAAAAUCUGCCGCUGUUUACGAUCUACUUUGA